AUGGCGUCCGCCGUCCCUUCCUCGACACCCGUCAAAUGGGUGGCCUCCGACCACGACGGACUGCCCAUGAAGAGAAAACAGGUUGCACAGGCAUGCGAGUCAUGUCGCAAGCGCAAGAAACGAUGCAUCCACACACAAGAUGCCGAUGCACCCUCGCGGCCGGGCACAGCUGCUGGCGGCCCGGGUGCCGGUUCUACGACGGGUCGUAAGCCGGGCCACCCCCAUGUGGCAUCGGCCGACGACGAAGAUGCCACACAGGUCGCCGCCAACCGGCUGAUGGAGCUGUCGUCAUCACGUUUUAUCAGUGAUCUCAACCCGGAGGGCAUGUUCAUCCAGGCGGCCACGCCCGCCCUGAAACCAGAAGGCGGCACCACCUACCGCGACAAGAACGACUUGGGCGUAUGGUUGCCGCCGUAUGCACAACGAGCACAGGAGGAUGGCGGUAGUGGGAGCGGUGGGGACAACGGUGACGUCGACGACGAGGAUGGCGACGACGAGACCGGACGGACUGACCCGGCGGGACCGAACACGCUGACUGGUCAAGGAGGUAGCAGUACGAGCAACCAGAACUACAGCCAGAGCCAGAAUGCGGGGCUCCGAGACGACAGCGCCCGUAACCUGAUCUCGCAGUUUGGCGGAAUGAACGGGCUUUCCAGCGGUGUCGGUGCAAACAGCAACCACAUUGGGCCAAGCUCCGGGCCUGGAGUAAGUACCGGUACGGGCAACGCGGGGUUUCACAAACAGCGCCGCCGCAGCCGGAUACCAAACCGCCGUCCUAACUUUGGUGCCCGGUCUGCCGUCUCCGAUGCUGCGCUUGCGUACGAGCGGGCCAAGUACACGUUUAUCAAGGAGUGUCUCACCAUCUACCCACCCGACGAGGACUUCGCUGUGCUGCAUCGCAUUUACUGCGAAAAGGUGCAUCCGUUGCUGCCCGUUCUCAAAGACACUGACCUGCAACGCGCAUCCACCGUGCCAAUGUCACCGUCUCUUGCUCCAGGGCCAGCUGGGGCCGUCCCAUCGACCUCUCCCACCAAGUCCGCCCCUUCCACAAACUCCGCUCGCCCGGGACACCCGACACAGUCCGCCUUCACUGCCUCCAUCUUCCCCACCGUUGUCAAGCAGAUCAUCGCACUGGCAGCCGCCAUGACCGAUGGCGAGUCCGCUGCGUCACAUCUCCAUCUCGAACCCAAUGGACCACUACUCACACCCCAAGAGUUCCACUACCGUCUGACCGACGCUGUCUGGACCAUUCUUGACGCCGACAUGAUUCCCCACCGCUUCGAUUACAUCCGCGCCACCAUCCUCCUGUCCUUCUUCUACCAGCCGACCGUUGAGGUCGACCGCAACAAGCCCAGUUUUUUGUGCACCCAGGCCGUCCACCAUUUCCAGACCAUUGGUGCCCACCUUCUCGGCUACCGGCCGGAGCAGCCCGAUGACGACGUCGAACGUGUCUUUUGCGCGCUGUGGGCGCUCGACCGCCUGGCGUCCGUCCUGUAUGCGCGGCCCUGCAUGAUGCACCACAUUGACAACGGCAAAGACCCGGAAGAGUGCAUGGUCAACCAGCCGCCGUGCUUUCGCCUCUUCAUGUCCGUCAUUUUCUGGCUCGACAGGGUCAUUGUCCUCUACCGCCCGCGCCAGCCCUUUGUCAUGAUCGACAUCCCCGUCUACGAGGCUCUCAUCCUGGAUGCCCAGGCCGAAAAGCUGCCGUCUAUGCUGCUGGGCACCAUUGAGAUUUUGUACCAUACGGUGUGCGUCCUGUCCUGCCGCCAGCCGCUGAGUGCGUUUUCGGAGGUGUCCGACACGGCCACGCUCAACCGCGACGACCGCACGUACCUGCCCAUCUCCAUUAUGAACCCGCGCCGCUCGCACUCGUCGGACCGCAUCGUGUGGGUCACGCAGACGCAGCCCAUCUGCCUCUUUCCCUAUGUGCCCUAUGCCGUGUCCAUUGCGCUCAGUGUCCAGUACAAGAAGAUGCGCUACAGCCGCACGCCGCUGUUCCGCACGCGCGCCCGCAUCGGCUUCAAGGACAUUGUGGCCCUGCUGCGCAGCAUGGGCGACGUGUUUAUGAAUGCGCGCGUGAAUGCGGCGCUGGGCGAGAGCAUCUGGCGGCAGAUGGAGAAGACGGCGUCGACGCUGGCGCGGGAGGAGCUGGAGGCGGCCGGUGGUAGUGGGGGCACUACAAAUACUGCUGCUGGAGCGAGUGCCGCCGGGGGUGCCAUGGGACCGCCGCCCGUUCCCGCCGCAGCCACCUCUGAUGGCAGAGUGGCCAAGAAAGCUACGUUCAACUUUACUGCCAGCACGUCAGCACCGGCUUCUUCCGCGCCGUCGACCAUCACUACAGGAACAGUCCCUGCUUUCGUCUCGUCUUCUGUUUCAUCCUUGGCCCCCGCAACGUCUGUUCCUAUGUCAGGGACAGUCACAGCAGGUGACGCACCAGAGUCGACAACCUCCACAACCGCGGCAGGAACUGGCAUACCAUCGUCGGCAACAGCUUCGGGUCUCGGACACAACGUAUUUGAGUUUGCAAAUGGCAGUGGUACCAAUAGCACCGACGGCAACACUCAUAUGAUCACUGCAUUGUCCUCCCCAACCACGACAGCAACAACGAACACGUCUGCCGUCACCAACACCACAACGCCCACAAACUCCACAAGCACCGACACGAUGCAGCCUCAUCUGCCGCCAGGAGGAACUGACGGGAUCGUCCCUACCACGACGGAAGCAGCAGGAGACACGCCUGUCACGGGAGCAGCGACGACGUCAACACAACUAUUUCCCCCACAGCUGCCACCGCCUUCGCUGCAUCAACAGCAGCAGCAGCAGCAACAACAACAACAACACCAGCUACCCCAGAUGGACUUGUCUGUCCUCGACAGCCUGGACACCGACAUUGACCUGUUUGGCAACUUUGACCCGAGCUUUGACCUGGGCGCCAUAGACACGGCGCUCGAGGCCAACCUGGACAUGGCCAUUCCGCAGAAUUGGACAACCUGGAACAAUCUUGUGUAG